AUGCUCGAGGUCGACAGCAGCGCCCUGCUCGCGGUACCUCAAUCCAAGUACACUUGCGUGACCCAAGAGGGACUGCCGGUAGGCCCUGCCAACACCUCUGACCCCCUUUCCAUUUGGAUUGGCUGGGGCGGCUCCAUCCCGCGCUGGAAGAAGGGCCAGGUAAUCCAGUUCGCGGCCCUAGAGCGAGGUUAUCCUACGUCAAGCCACGCCAUCUUCUCCGCGUACAAGCUCAACGAGGCCGCCAUCCAGUGGAACAGCCUCAACAUCGGAGUCACCUUCAAGUGGGUCUCUAAAGUGAAGGACGCCGCCUUCGUGCUCGCCUACGGUGGCGACAAAGGAUCGGUUCUCGCCAGGGCCUUCUUCCCCAACUCCAACGACCUCAACACACUCUUCGUGUACCAGAAGGCUUUCGACACUGCCAUCAGCCCAUACCAGACCAACAUCUUCCUUCAUGAGCUUGGUCAUGUGCUGGGGCUGCGCCAUGAGUUCGCUGCCCAGGAGGGUGGUGCGGUGCCGUUCGGACCGACCAACCCGCGCUCUGUCAUGAGCUACACUUUCCCGCCCAACAUUCGCGACUCGGAUGAGGCGAGCACCAAGGCGUUUUAUAAUUAUACACAGCCGACCAUUGGCGGUUUACGGAUUGUUGACUGGAUUCCCGACAACUGA